AUGUCUGCCAAAUCUGGAAGCUCCGCGGUAGGUCCUGCUCCUCUUCCUCCCACAGAUCUCCUUCUCAGCUUGCGAACAGGCAAAGUCCGUCCCAUGGGUGGAGUAAACAUCCGCAGCGCCAUCAACAAGCGAGAUCGUCAAGGAAAAUGGGAAGUUACUCCUCUGGGUCUUGUCGGCGACGAGCAUGACUACGUCCAUCAUGGCGGCCCCGAGAAAGCGCUGCACCAAUACUGCGCUGCUCACUAUGAUGCGUGGAAUUUUGAAGUCCCCGGACGCCAAGAUCUCUUCAAAAUUGGUGGGUUUGGAGAGAACCUCUCGGCGAGGCACAUGUCAGAGCACAAUGUCUGUAUCGGCGACGUUUACCGCAUAGGAAAAGGUUCUGUGAGAAUCCAGGUGACAUCCCCUCGACAGCCGUGUUACAAGCUGAACCACCGCUUUCAGCACAAGAAAGCUUCAGCUAUGGCGCAGUCAACUGGUCGUAUGGGGUGGUACUACCGUGUCAUCAAGACUGGCUUUAUCGAACAGGGUGACGAGAUGGAACUUGUCGAACGGAUUCACCCAACCUGGCCUCUUGCUCGUGUCCAGAACUACCUCUACCACGAAAAGGAUAACUACGAGGCGUCUCGAGAGUUGGCCACUCUGCCUGCCCUGUCUGAAGAGAUGUUGAACAUAUUUCGCACACGUCUUGAACACGGUGCCGAAGAUAUGAGUGGUCGCCUCGAAGGUGAUCGCAUCUCUGUGUCAUUCGUCUUUGAAGUCGAAGGUGAUGAUGAAAAAUCUGAGGAUUUCGCCUUUGGACAGUUCCCUUUUGUGCGACUUCGGUUCGGGCCUGAUGGGAGUUUAUCUCGUGCGUACUCUGUCGUAUCCGGCACUAAAAACCGCUUCGAGCUGGGUAUUUCUCGAGAUGACAACUCUCGAGGCGGGUCUGUCUAUUUGCAUGAUAACCUGAAAGUUGGUGACGUUAUCAAGAUUGCAUCAGGACGCAACGCCUCCACGACCCAGCAGGACAAGAGCUCUGCUCCACAAGCCGUCAAACACAUUUUCGUCAUUGGUGGUAUUGGUGUGACAGCAUUUCUCACAGAGAUCGAGAAGCUAUCGAGCGGAGAGGCAGAUGUACAGGUACAUUAUGCUGUGCGUAGCCACAAAGAUGCCGCUUAUAUGGAACGUCUACCACUCGACAAGACGAAUAUAUAUGCCAAAGAUCAGGACCGACGACUCAAUCUCAGUCAGAUCAUACCCAAGCUAGUGGAUGAGAACAAACCCACUACAGUCGUUUACUGCUGCGGCCCAACAUCUCUGAUGAAUGCCUGUCGCACCAUAACCACCACUCUGAAUUAUCCGAAAGCCAAUAUUCAUUUCGAAGAAUUUGGCGAUGCCACAACAGGAACAGGAGAGCCCUUCGAAGUGGAAAUCAAGUCUACAGGCAAGACAAUUCAAGUGCCUCGUGAAAAGUCGCUUCUUCAGGUACUCUCCGAUGCUGGGCUGGAGAUUGAGUCUUCAUGCCUGGUUGGGAACUGCGGGACGUGUAUGGUCGAUGUUUGCAAGGGAGAGGUAGAGCAUAAAGGCGUGGCUUUGAAUGAGGAGCAGAAGAAGGAGUCGAUGUUGAGCUGUGUUAGUCGUGGGAAGGGCAGGAUUAUGAUUGACUGUUAG